AUAUCAGAGAAGGAGAAAGGAACCAGGAGUAAAUCAGUGAAGAACAUGAAGCUGAGGAAAGCUAAAGAAGCUAACCAGGACAUAGGUGCAGUCAAAACGCCAUAUCUUACAAACCAGGAGAAAUUUAUCAAUAAAACCGGUUUUCCUGGAUUCUACACUCAACAAGAGCACACAGCGAAUUGGUUUCAUACGAAAAGUAGUAAUGGUUUGGGAGAUAUGCCAUUUACAAGUCAGACUAUCUACACUGCAUCCGAACUGGUUCUAUUUAAGGAAAGUAACCCUUUGCUUAAGGAGUGUGCAACUCAAACUCACGUGUAGAAACCAGGAGAUCAUUCAUUACAUCUAAGACCACUUGGAGAGUUCAUACCAUGCACUAAACCUCACUGGAUCAGCCAGCAAACCGUUCUAUCAGAUAUCAUCAUCAUCAUCACUUCCAUCCAGCCGGUUUUAUAGUUGAUUAGAUCAAUUAGAAGAACUACCCCUCUGGAUCGUCCAUCACUUUGAUCCAAGGAUCUUGUGAGCCUUUUACAGCUUAGGCUUACAUCAAGUCCUCACUUUGGAUUUUCUUGGUGGCUGUAAUUUGGCAGUGUUGGAAAGUCCACGCUCUUGAUGAUGUUAACUGGAACACUCUGAAGCAGCCUCAUAUGAAUUCACAACGCUUACAGCUAUUGCUCCCUCUCAGUUGUCCUUCUUCUUUUCUGUUUGGUGUCUUCUUAGAUCACCAACUUCUGAUGUUCGGUUCCCUUGACCUGAAUCUUAGCUUAUCUGUUUUUUUUUUUUUGUCAUUGGACCUUCUUGGUACUCAACUUCUGUUACAAAGUUCUGCUUCUGAAGGUUCUGGAUCAUGUGAUCAACCUUUGAUCAACAAGCUCAGUCUCUCUCUUGACAAUAACCCAGGCUUAGCUUCUCUGUUUUUUUAACUUAGCUUCUCUGUUUUUAAUUUAAAAUCUUAGUUCAAAAUAAUACCAAAUCAUGGACACUUACUAGAUGGAAGUUGGUGAAUAUAAAGAGCCUAGAGAAGAAGGAAGAGUAGUCAUCCAACCAUCUCUAGCAAUGAAAGGUUUAGUUUUUAUUUUAUUUUUUUUGUAAAAAGGCUAACGAGGUUAGUGUUUAUAUGAAAAGCAUGCUCAGAAAAGGAUGAACAUGGUAUAAGGUUUCUUGAACAUGGAAUAAGCAAGGAUUGAAGAAACAGAAAAGGAUGAACAUGGUUUGAUUUGCUUAUUCCAUAAUUUAUUCUCCCAUCCAACUCUUUCUUCUUAUUCUAUAAUUUUCGAAUUGAAGAAACAGAAAAAGAUGAACAUGGUUUGAUUUGUCGAUAAAGAAGACGACGGCGUUAAAGAUUAUUAGGGUUACAAGUACAUUGAUCGGAGGUGAAUUCGAGAUUGGAUUUGAAAGCAAGGAAUUAAAGACUCAGAAAAUCACAAACACAGCUUCAUCUCUUCUCUGUGAUCUAUUUUUUCUUCAGUACACGAAGAAGAAAAAUUGUAUUCCACGGCGUUAAACAACUUCACGUCAUAUUCUGUUUUCCUUUUUUUUUAAUUCUUUUUCUCUUUUUAAUUUUGUAGAUAAUUCCAUUUAUGUUUUUUGCCUUCUUUUUCUUCCAAAAACAAAAUAUGAUGUGGCAAGUUAUUAUUGGCUAGGUGAAUAUGAUAUAGGUUCACCUUAGGGGGUGGACACAAGAAUUACUCUUUUUUAUAUAGUUAGACAAUUAAUAAUUUACAAGUCUCAGUUUUGGAUUGAUAUUGCCUUCAUCCUUUACUGGCUUCACCCGUUAUCCUUUUUUUUUUUGAUAAUUUUGGUGUGAUCUCAAAAGCAUUCUAGACUUAAUAACUAAUCACUAAGAGAUUCAUAAAAAUUCGGAUUUUCUUGCCACUUAAGCCGUCUAUGGGUGACCAAGGGGAAUCGAACCCAUGACGGAAACUCCAGAUGAAACCCAUUUACCACUAGGCCAAGACCACUUGGUUCUUCAUCCGUUAUCCUAUCGGCUUCGUUUCGAUUUUACUAAGAUAUAACUCUUAUGUUCUUUAGUUAUGAACUUAUGAUUGUGUAAGAAAAUCGAUUGACGUAGAAUCUGAAGAAGUGUUUGAACUUGCCUGCGCUAGGUAUUCUCCGAAGCUGUUUAGCCACGAAUUGCAGUUCAAAUGCAAUCAGCUGGAUUGGUAAUGCCUGCGUUGUGUUACUGACUCAUGCUUAGAGAUUCUACAUAUAUAGUUUUACUUAGUUUUUUUUUUUUUUCUUAGUCGCUAUCUCAGCUCGUGCCCCAAAAUAAGAAUACAAACCUUGGAUAAAUUUUUGUUGCUAGGAGCUCAUCGUGAUGUGAUUUGGUUUAAAAUAUUCCAGAAGUUCACAAGUGUAUAUCAUAUCUUUUUUUUUGGAUCGAAAGUGUAUAUCAUAUCUAAAAGUCUAAAUCAACGUUGAUGAUGGGGUACAUAUGAACCAAAAUACAACAAUGGUAGAUACACCUUGAGGGGGGUAAUAUGACGAUGAUGGAGUAUUUAUGUGGACAUAGGGAAUAUUAAUUGGCGUCAAGUGGAGAAAAUUCGAAGUAGUUUUCAUUUUCUUAUUGGGAUUUAUCCUUGAUUGUGAUUUGUUGGAUUGUUCGUUUUGCCACACAAAAAAAAGAUAUUAUCCUAUCCAUGAUCCUAGUUAUUCUUCAUAACUUCUAAACAACUCAGUGGAAUCGAUCGCUUUUAGGGUUGUUUAUGGACUGAUUAUCCUCUGAGCUGUCUUAAUUAGUUUACCAUAAAAUUACAGUUUCUUUUUAUUUAAUUAUCCACAUAAAAAAUUAAAACAAUCAAUAAUUUGCAGUAAUUUAAUUAUUUUUACUGGUAAACUUCUAUAUUCUCCAAAUAAAAUGGAAAUUAAUAUCAAUAGUUGUCAAGAAAGAAAAAUUAGUAUCACAGAAUUAAACUAAAGAAUAUUUUAAGGAAAUUAAAUUAGAUAGAUUUAUAAAUGUAAUAGUCAUAUACUCAUAUAUAUCGGUGUUCGAUAAUUAAAAUAAAAACAAAGAAGCAUCAGCCACCACUGCGACGACGAGGAGAUAUGUCGACCCUGGAAAAUCUAUUGGUAGAUUCUUAUAGCGUGCAGAGGGAUUACUGGCGUCAAGUGAAUGAAUCAGAGGGCUUCGAUGUUGAGAAUAUUUCAUUACCAUCAAAUUCUGGAGUGAUCACUGGACUGAUGCCCUAAGAUUGUGUACGUUUUAAGAAUUAUCCUCAUCCUGUAAUGGUCAACCUUUAUGCUAAGGUGGGGCUUCAUCGUUACAAUAUGUUUAAGGAGACAAACUUCCAGCUUGAUUCCCUAGUGAAAUUCAACAUGUUACAGCAUUGUUUAUCCUCUUUCUACAUCACUUUGCUUGCACACGAUCCAGCUCUUCACCCACUGGAGAAAACCUUCCAGGUGAAAGUUGGUGAGCAAAAAAUACACUGUUUGCAUAUUAUCACCAUUUCUAGAGUUAAAGAUGAAGUGAACCCCAAGAAGCCCUUUGUACCACACUUUCAUGAUGCAGCAAAGGAGGAUGGUCUCUUCAAAGGUGAAUUGCUUGCAGAUAGUUUCUUCAAAGUUGAAUUACCUGAUUGGCCGUCAAAUGAUGCUUUGAAUGAUGGAAAACGGUUUUACUUGGUGAAGGAAUCAGAGUGGCAAGCCAAUGAUUGGAUUCCUCUGUAUCUGGAACUUGUAAUUUGUGCAGAUGCUAGACUGGUCGCAAAGAGGGAUGUUGUUUCCAAAUUGGAGAUUCUGGAAGUGGCCAUAGAAACUGGUAUUGAAGAUGUGGAGCCGCCGAAUGAGAGACUCAAGGCCACACGUGCAUAUGUCUACAUAAAGUUUAAGGGCCUAGCAAAUGUUUGUUCCCCUAGAAUGAUUUUUGAGAUUGGUGAGCAUGUCGAACGAAAAGCUGUGGUUAGAAGAGUCCUCGAUAAGUAUGGAUGCCUGACUAUUUUGGGUAAGUUUUGUGGUGGUCGAAGUACUAAAAACCAGCCUUCUGCGGCUCUCCAAAAUGGAAAGAAAAUCCAGAGUUGUAAAAAGCAACCUCGCUCAGACUAGUACAACUCAUGGAGUAAGGCCCUCCUCUUGAUGAUAAGAUCCAUUUUGAAUGUGUGGAUCAGAUAAUCACAUGCGACAAAGACAUAAACACGUGUUCUGUUUGGCUUUGUUGUUUACACCCAUCUAACUUAUACUAGUCUCUCUUUAUAUGCAAUGCAAUGGUAGAAUCUUCUUCAACCGUAACUUGCAUUAAAAUGUCAGACUGUUAACAUUGGAACUCUGAACUCAAUAUAAACUCCUCAUAUUGAUAAAUACGAACCAAUUAAACAUGCUUUAUAAACAUGUAUCAUCACGGAUAAGAACUCAUAGUCUCUUAAAAGCAUACAAAUACAAAAUACAAACGAACAGUGAUCUUCAACGGCAAGUUGAAAGCUAUAUUUGCAAACAAGUUGACGUGUAAGCAUUAGAAACAUAUUUUCCUAUUUUAAUGGUUGGGCUGAUACAUAGACGUUUGUAUCUUGUGUUCUUGACGAACAUUCAGAGUUUCUUACGUAAGUUUUGGAUUUUCUAUGUUGUGUUAGUAUGAGUUAUUCUCACCCAAAAAAUGUUAAUAUUACAUCAAAGAACUGUUAAAUACAUGGAAAGAAAAUAAUAAAUUGAAUGUUCUGUUAGCAAGUAAGACUACUCUUGGGAAAGCGUCUUCAAAUUCAACUUUUUAUAUUAUAUUUUUCAAUUGAUGAUGCAUAUACUUGGUUGUGUAAUAAUUUGUUUUUCGAAAUUUCUGAAUAUUGACUUUGUAAUCUUCAAUUCUUAUUAAUAAAAUGUGUUUAUUUGUCG